CUUUACAUAUGACUAACAGAGUUGAGCUGGGGUGACUACAUUUCCCCAAGUAUUUUUUGCGAAAGUCACGUAGGAGUGAGUAUCAGUAUGGCUUUCCUCGCGUCCUGUUGGAUCAUUAUUGAAUCUGUGGUCAUCCCAGAUGGAUUAAAGAAGUGGUUUUGUUUGAGCUUCUAUAUCCAUCCCUUUUUUCUUUUUGCUUGCCAGAUUUUUCUCUGGUUAAGAUUUCUGUACGCAUGCCUUUCGGUUAUCAUCUCUUUCCCUUUUAGAGUAGUCUGUGUUAUGGUUUUGUAUAUAUACAAGUGGUUUCAAAGUUUUGUCAUCUACAUUUUCUCAUUUACUAGGUCAACUAAUUUUGAAGUUACAGAAGAGGGAGAAAACUUAGACGUCGUUCCGUGUUUUAAUCAUCAUAAUCAGACAGUUGUUUUGAAUAGUUGUUUAACCAUAGCGCCAACAAUAUACUUACCUAAAGUGAUAGAACCUCUGACAGAUGUGUUUGAGAAUGAAACUGAUGGCAGAGAUGAUGCAGUUCUUCAGGAGGAUGAGCAAGUUCUCUGUUUUGAUAAAGAUGCCAGCAUAAAUGUCAACUUGUCUUCUCCAUCUUGCUCAAAUUUAUCUGAAAACUAUGAUAACUUAAAUGAUGGUCAUCUGUUGCACUCUUCUAUCAGUAGUUCAACAACCAAUGAUCUAGACAUGAUUUCUAGUUCAACAUCAGAUUGUAGCACCAAUUUAUCAUGUCUAGAUGGAGUAGUAACUGAUGGGCAGUAUGCCGAUAAAUUCUAUGAAAAGUACACUGAAAGAAUGAGAUGGUUUGAUGUGCUCAAUCAUGAACGAACUUGUGGAAUAAGUGCAAUUUUUCACAAGCAAUGGUCAAGUCCUAGCUCAGUUGAGAGCACUGGGAUUGUGGACUUCUCACCCCCAAAUAGCUCAUGGAGCAAAAUGACAGGAAAGAGGCUUCUAAAAAGUUUGGAGAGUGAUUUUGAACUUGUGUAUGUGGCUCAAUCAUGCUUAUCAUGGGAAGCUCUCCAUCAUCAAUACAGAAAGGUUGAAGCUCUGGCAGGUCAAAAUGGUGUGUUUUAUAGUAAUGUGGCAGGAGAGUUUCAAAAGUUUCAAGUUCUUCUGGAAAGAUUUAUGGAAGAUCAAAGGAGUGACGGAAAGAGGGUAUGGAGCUAUGUGAGAGGAAGAUUUUCAUUCAAGAGUCUUCUCCAAGUUCCAGAGCUUCCAGGCUUUGUGGAGGAGGAAAAGGAAGACGAGAAAAGAGGAGCUUGUAGAGUGAAAGAUGUGCUGAAUGCCAUAGAGAAGUGCAUACAGGCCUUUUGGGUAUUUGUUAAAACAGACAACAAGAAGUCUUGGUGGAAAUUGAGAACCUCGCUAUGGACUUGUCCAAUUGUAGAAGACCCAAGAGAUUUGGCAUUACUAGCUGAGAUCACUAGAAUUCUCCAGAAGAAAGAGAUGCUCUUGAAAGAUUCACAAGGGAAGGAAAGAUGUUGCCUCAGAAGGGGAGUAAAACCUCCAGAAGAGACGCAAAAGAAGAUGUUACACACAAUGGUAGACAUGAAGCUGGUUUCAAGGGUGCUUAGGAUGUCUGUGGUUUCCACUUCACAACUUAAAUGGUGCAAAGAAAAGCUGGACAACAUAGUGUUUGAAGAAGGAAAGGUUGUGAGGGCACACAGUGCUCCUUUCUUAUUUCCAUCUUGAUUGUUUACUGAAAAUGGGAUACACGUUUUGUUUUCUGGGUUUCUCAGCCAAGCUACUGCUUGCUGCUCAAACAAAUGGGAAUGUUUUCUGAGAAAAAUAGCAGACCUCUGUUCAUGUAUAUGGUAUAAGACAUGUAAAUAUAUGGACAACCUGCAUUGAAUUUCAUGCAAGGAAUGUUAAUUUUUAUUUA